AUGACUACCGAGAGAACAAAUGGAAAAUUGAAAGAUUUGGAUUUCGGUCCGAACGUGCAUAUUUCAUCGCAUCCCGUUCUAUCGCACAAGGUCACGAUUCUCCGGUCAUCGGCCACGACUUCGCACACUUUCCGUGCUGUCUUGCGUGAAGUGACAUACCAUUUGGGCUAUGAAGCGACCUCACGCUUGACGACCCAGCCCGUCGCCAUUACGGUCCCAGUACCGCCCAAAGAAAAAGGCGGGAAAGAAGAGCAUGUGGAAUAUCAGGGAAGCAAACUGGUGGAACACGUAGCUUUGAUUCCAAUCUUGCGGUCGGGUCUCGGUAUGGUGGAUUCGAUGCUAGAGCUGCUGCCAAAUGCAGCGAUUCAUCACAUCGGGAUGUACAAAGUUUUGGGACAAAACCCGGUACAAUACUUCAACCGUUUGCCCCGGACAUGCCAUGCGGAUGUUGCGUAUAUUCUGGAUCCUGUCAUUGCAACGUCCAGUACCGUCAUGAGUUUGAUCAGUAUCCUCAAAAAGUGGGGAGUUCCGCAAAUCAAUAUAAUCUCCGUUAUGGCGAGCCGGGCUGGCCUUCAGCAACUGAUGGACGCCCACCCGGACAUCUACGUCAGUGUUGGCACUGUAGAGGAGGAAAUUUCGGAAGAAGGAAUCAUAUUGCCGGGUUUAGGUGAUGCUGGUGAUCGACAAUUUGGAACCGCAACGGUAACGGUAGACGACGAGAGUCUUCUCCACAUCUCGAAACGAAAGCGUACCAUGUCUGCGCAACUUGACUGA